AUGGUCCAAGAGCUUCAAGUUCUAUUUGACCACCAAGCUGCGGAACCCUCACUACCUGCCGGAGGUGCUGUGCUGACCACCGAGAGAGACAUGAGAGACGGAAGUGUAGCUGUCAAGGUCACCUUGCUGAACUUCAUGAUCACGCAGGUUGGACUGCAAGAUCAACUGCUCAACAUUGUAGUUGAAAAGGAGCGUCCGGACCUGGCGGAGGAGAAGGGUCUGAUCCAUCUCGCAGGUGCCGAGAACAAGGAGCAAUUGGAACUCACUGAGAAUAAGAUCCUGGAUGUGCUGAGCUCAUCUCAAGGAAACAUUUUGGAGGAUGAGGCAGCCGUUCAGGUGCUAUCCGCCUCCAAGCAGCUUUCCAACGAAAUCGCUGGGGGCGCUCAAGGCACCCUCAACGGAAGACCCAAGGCCCAGAAGCAGCAGACCGCUGAGACCACGGAGCGUCAGAUUGAUGAAGCGCGACUCCAAUAUGUUCCGGUGGCGUUGGGCACUCAGCAUAUGCCCUUUGAUCCGAUGUACCAAUACUCCUUGCCCUUCUUUAUCAACCUCUUCAGAGCAGCGAUUUCGAAGUCCGAGAAAACCGACGACAUUGGCAUGCGCAUUUUGAUCCUCAACGACUUCUUCAUGGACAUGCUGUACAAGAACAUUUGUCGCUCGCUCUUUGAGAAGCACAAGCUCCUUUUCUCUUUCUUGCUGACCAUGCGCUUGCGCAUCACCACCGGCAAGGUGUCCAUGUCCGACUACCGCUUCUUGCUGACCGGUGGCACCGCCAUGGAGGAGCCACCCGCCAAGCCAGACGACUGGAUUCCUGACAGAUGCUGGCUGGAGAUUUUCAAGCUCAGCAAGCUGGAUGAGAUCUACACCCCGCUUCCGGAGAGCUUCACGAAUGAGUUGAAGAGAUGGAAGGAGGUCUAUGAUUCCAGCGAUCCCAUGAGGUGCUUGGAGAAUCUCCGAAACGCUCCAGAGGGUGUGAAAGGUCUCACGCAAUUUCAGAAGCUUCUGGUGUUGAGGUGUGUGCGGCCGGAUCGUGUCCUGCCAGCAGUGCUGACUUAUGUGACGGCAGAGAUCGGCGAGAAGUUUGUGACGCCUCCGCCCUUCGACAUUGCUGGAAGUUAUGCAGAUUCUUCCAAUACAUCGCCAUUGAUUUUCAUCCUUUCGCCUGGGUCAGAUCCAUCUUCUGCUCUCUAUAUGUUCGCGACAGACAAGGGGAGGGAGAUCAACAGCCUUUCUCUAGGUCAGGGCCAGGGCCCCAAGGCGGAACGGCUCCUCAGCGAUGCGACCGAGUCGGGCAGCUGGGUCCUGCUGCAAAAUUGUCACCUCUUUGCAUCUUGGAUGCCAAAGUUGGACAAGAUCCUCGAGCAGAUGGACCCGAAGCAGACCAACUCCGAUUUCAGGCUGUGGUUGACGUCCUAUCCAUCUGACAAGUUUCCUGUGUCAAUUCUGCAGAACAGCGUGAAGAUCACCAAUGAGGCACCACAAGGCUUGCGGAUGAACCUGGUCGGCUCCUACCUCAUGGAUCCCAUCAGCAAUGAGGAGUUCUUUGAAGGGUGUAAGAAUCCGCAGGCCUUCAAACGGCUGCUGUUUGCCUUGUGCUUCUUCCACGCGGUCAUUCAGGAGCGUCGGCUCUUCGGCCCGCUGGGGUGGAACAUACCCUACGAGUUCACGCAGAAUGACCUGAGGAUCUCCGCCCGGCAGCUGCAGAUGUUCAUCGAUGAGUCCCCGGAGCAGAUCCAAUUCAAGGCGAUCAACUACUUGGCGGGCGAGUGCAACUACGGAGGGCGGGUGACAGAAGCGCAGGAUCGCCGAUUGUUGAUGACCCUUUUGCUGGACUACUACAAUCCAGAAGUCCUCAAACCAGGCCACAGCCUAUGUGUGGAGCAUCCCGAGUUCACAGUGCCUCCAGCUGCUUCAUUGGAGGACACCUUGGAGAUGAUCCGGCAGACGCCCAUAGUGACACCACCGGGCAUCUAUGGAUUUCAUACCAAUGCAAAUCUGACCCGUGAGCAGAAUGAGACCUACGCGAUGAUGGAGAACUUGCUUCUGACGGUCGGGCAGGCCUCAGGCAGUGGUGGAACUUCCCCCGAAGAGACUGUGGGUGAGGCGGCGACUGACAUCCUGCGGCGGAUGCCAGAGCAGUUUGAUUUGGUCGAAGUCCAAAAGAGGUAUCCCACGAUGUACGAGGAAUCCAUGAAUACUGUGCUGGUACAGGAACUGACCCGCUUCAACAGCCUCACCCGGGUCAUUGGGGCGACCCUGAAGGACAUCCAAAAAGCCAUUCAGGGGUUGCUCUUGAUGAGUCCAGAUCUGGAGCAAGUCUUCCUGUCGAUCUUUAACGGCAAAACGCCUGCUUUGUGGUUGGCCAACAGCUACCCUUCGCUGAAACCACUUGGUGGCUAUACUAACGACUUGAUCGAACGGUUGAAGUUCUUCCAGGCCUGGAUCGACCAUGGGAUUCCGGUCACCUUCUGGCUGAGUGGCAUCUACUUUACUCAGGCAUUUACCACAGGUGCUGCGCAAAACUUUGCCCGCAAGUGGGCCAUUCCCAUUGACACCUUGGUCUUUGACUUCGACAUGCCGCCCGAUCAGCAGCCCAGCAAGAAGCCGGAGAACGGGGUCUACUGCUAUGGGCUUUUCUUGGAGGGCUGCAAGUGGGAUUGGGCACAGUGGGAACUGGCCGAAAGCGACUUGAAAGUGCUUUAUGUCCCUGUGCCCUUGCUGUGGAUCGUGCCCUGCAAGAAGGCGGAGCUGCGCAAGUUCCCAUGGUACGAUUGCCCGCUCUACAAGGUGUCGACCCGGAAGGGCGUGCUCUCGACCACUGGGCACAGUACCAACUUCGUCAUGCCUAUCAAGCUUAGAUCUUCUCAUCCGGAAUCCCAUUGGGUGAAGCGUGGAGUCGCCAUGCUCACGCAACUGGACGCCUGA